UGACUACAAAAUUAGUUAAAAUAUUAUGGUCGACAUCUCAACAUAGCAAAAGUUGCAAAACCAUAAGUUUGGAAAAGACAAUGGAAGAAAUAGUUAAGGAGCAAAGAGAAGUUGUCAAAAAAGUUAUUUUAGAACACGGUAAAACGGUUGUGGAUACCAUCAAAGUGAGCCAGUUGUACGGUGGUAUGCGCGGUAUAUUGGGCUUUAUAUGUGAGACAUCAUGUGUUCUUCCAAAAGAGGGCAUAUUAUUUCGGGGUCAUUCCACAGCUAAAAUAGAGGAAUGUCUACCGCGUGCUGAAGACGGCUGUGUCCCCUUGCCGGAAGGUAUGAUUUGGCUACUGAUGACGGGCAAGCUACCUACUCAAGAGGAGGUUAAAUAUAUUACAAAAUAUUUAAAUGAGCACAGCACAUUGCCAGAAUAUGUCAUACAAGUAAUGGAUAGUUUGCCGAAAGAGUUGCACCCUAUGACGCAUUUUGCCAUCGGUUUACAAGCAUUACAGCUCAACUCUAUAACGCUAAAAAAACGCAAAGAACACCAGAAAACGGAAUGGUGGAGACUUAUAUUGAGAGAUGCCAUGGACCUGUUGUCAAAAAUUACUUUAAUCGCAGCCCACACCUACAAUCAUAACUACCGCGGAGAAAAAAUUUGCUACCAAGUAGACUGCGAAUUGGAUUGGUCAGCGAAUUUUACUAAAAUGAUGGGCUUUAAAAAUCCUAAGUUCGAUGAGUGCAUACGGAUGUAUUUAACCCUACACGCUGAUCAUGAGGGCGGCAACGUUAGCGCUCAUGCCUGCCAUUUGGUAGGUUCGGCAUUGGCCGAUCCUUACAUAUCUUUUGUCGCUGGUCUGAACGGUUUGGCUGGGCCAUUGCAUGGUCUUGCUAACCAAGAGGUAUUGACAUUUUUGAAUGAAUUAAUCAAGGACAUAGGCAAAACUCCAACCGAUGAGCAGGUGUUAAAUUGGCUUAAGGGUUGGUUAAAACCAGGGAAGGUUAUACCCGGCUAUGGUCAUGCUGUAUUGCGCGUUACCGAUCCCCGUUUUACUACCCAAGAAAAUUUCGCCAAACGCAACAUAAAAGAUGAUGCUAUGGUUAAUUUAGUGCAUCAACUAUAUCGAGUGGUUCCGAAUUUUUUGAAAAGUCUGAAAAAAAUAAACAAUCCCUAUCCGAACGUUGAUGCUCAUUCGGGUGUGCUGUUGUCCUAUUACGAAAUGAAACAGAAUGAUUUUUACACAGUAUUAUUUGGCGUGUCGCGUGCUAUUGGCCUAAUGUCGCAGCUCGUAUGGGCCAGAGCUUUUAUGUAUCCCAUAGAGCGUCCUGACACAACCACUACGGAAGGUUUGUUGGAAUUAAUCAAAGCCAAAAAGGAAGGUAAAGACAAACAGGGAAAUGACACAAAAGACGCAAAGGAAAAAUAA